UAGUUGGCAGUCCUGUCCCGGAACGACGCGGACAAUGUGAUUACAAGGCUGUGAAAACAAAAUGGAGGUUGUGAUCGAGGCGAGAGGGUUAGAUGCUGAUUCUCGACGAAGUACGGUGUGACAACAUGUUUAGUUUCGAUGGUGUCAUAGUUAAGUUAAUUUCAAGUGCAAGUAUAUAAUUCAUUAUCGCUACUGUUGCGUGUGAUUGCAAUGCACGAUACUUGUCAUAAACAAUGGCUGACGAGCAACAACAACAAACACGAGUUCUUCUGUUAAAUGGCCAGACAAUCAUACUGCAGGGUGAUGCUACCGACAAUGCAAUCAACGAAAUUAAUGCCGAUUUACUCCAGCAAGCUCUGCAGGAAGCGACAGGUAGUACAGAUGCUGUGGAGGAGCCACCGCGCAAUGAAGAGUAUCAGCAGCCCCCUCCCGCGGCGGAGAACGCUACCCCGACCAACGCGGCGGAAAACAAUUUGGUGGCAAUAUUUCACGGAGACCAAGGCGAAACGCACACAAUUCAGUUAACAGUGGAACAAGCGGAAGCGUUGGGAUUACAUUUUAUGUCCGAUGACUCCGAAAAGGUGACUAUUCCGCCGGACAUUUCGCAAAAUGUUUCCACGCCUCAGAUGGCUAUCUCCAACGAUCAGAACCAAUUAGUAUAUUCUGAUAAUACCAGCCAGCCUGAUGAGACGAAGACCAUGUUUGAUCCCUGUAUUACUUCAGAAUCUAACAUUGCCAACAUCCAAGACAGCACUAGUUUACAAGGAGAUACCAACUCUACAUCUCUUCAUCAAAACAUUGGGGGUCUAUCAGCUUUAUCUGAAGUGGGUUCAUAUGUGGGCGAUUCAAAUAAUAUUACGCUUAUUCCUCAGUUUGUUAAUGGUCAGAUGACAUACACUGUCAAGUUGAACGAGCAACCAUCAAACACACUUCAAAACCAAGAUUUUGCCGUUAUGGAUACCGAAGAUCAUGAGCCUGAACCUGUGAUUGAGUCCAAACCCAAGCUUCCACUUCUUGCCCCAGCGUUACCUACCAACUCUCUAACAAGCAAUUCUUCGCCUGUUGCCACAUCUGUCUCCAGUAUUCGCGUUAACAACAUCCCUUCUAUGAUAAAUUCACUUACACCUAUAGCACCAGCUCUUGCUCAAACAUCUACCACUUCUACCACCUAUGCUGCACCCAAAUCAUUGCUGUCACCUUUGACAAACAUUACUCCCAUAGACAAAUCCACUAAAGCUACUUACGUUGUUGUGCCGAGUUCUUGCACAACAGUUUCUGCAUCUUCUGCUGCUGUCACUCACACUUCUUCUGGACUUCCUUUAGCCAUUAAAGGCUCGACUUUGUUGCGCCCUAGAACAGUGAUUCCUGCUUCUGCAUCAUUACAAUCCACCAAAACCACUACCGCUGUAGUUUCUGGAUCAAUUCCAUCCUCAUUGCACACACCAAGUACAACAGCAACCCUGACUGGAAUUCCAUUGAUGAAUUCUAAUAUCAAUAUAACACGAACAUCUGCAGCAGGUAGUAGUUUGCUGCAAUCUGUGUCAACAUCUUUGACUGGAGGGGGGAUGAUUCGUGUGGUUGCUGGAGGAUCCACUACACGGAUGGUGCAAGCACCAACUACAAAUGGACCAAAAUUCACUAAUAUUCUUACUCCCAGUGGUAGGUUGGUGGCAGCAACUACUGCUCAGCCAACAACACAAAAAAUUAUUCCUGUCAACUCUACAGCUGGUGUUGCAAAAACUUCUGUCACAACUACUGCAGUGUCAACUACUGUAACAACUGAACCUUUGCAGAGUAGUGCAGUUAGUGCUGUGCAAUCUGCAGCUGCUCGUUUAAAUAUCAACUCUACCAAGCCCCUGGGAUCCAGUGAAAAUCCCAUUCAACUUGUUCAGCAUGGACAGACAUUUCACAGUGUUCAAGCCCUUAGCCAAGAACAGUUACGCCAGAUAGCCACUGUGCUGCAGCAGCAGCACUUGGACUCUGCUCCACGGACAAAGAAUGUCUUGUAUGAUGCCGAAACCAACACUAGAAUCAUAUACAGGGUUGUGUAUCCUGAAGACCUUGAUCUCCGGGAGCCAUCCUCCCCGUCAGAGAAGCACACGAGUAGUGUUCUGGCUAGUAGCGGGCGUGGUCGGGGACGGAGGGGUCGGCCUCCGAAAUCUGCCCUUCGGCCUGUCGGGCGGACCGGUCCUGUGCACGAAUCUUCUCUUGGCGCAGGGAGGAAACCUAGUGGACAGGCAGUGGAUCUCGACUUGGAUGAGGACCGUCUGGUGGAUGAUGCUGCCAAAGUUGAACGCAAGAAGCAGGUUGCACGCACAAGAUCUGGUCGUUUGUCCAGGCCACCCCGACACAUGGUGAAAGACUAUAAGAGACUGCAUCAUCUGGACUUUGCGGAUGCCGACCUGGACGACUCUGAUGGAGGAUACAGCGACUACCAGAUGAGCGAUCGAGAAGUGGAAGAGCAGGAUGCCUUGGCAAAGUCUAAUGCAAUACCACCAAAUACUCAGGGAACACCAAUACCGACAAACCAGGAUACAACAGCGACAGCAGCAGUAGCCGCAUCAUCAUCAUCAGCAGCAGCCGCAGCAACAUCAACAGCAACAACAGCAAAUCCAGCAACCACAACCACUACUCUUUUGCCUGGGCUCCAAGUCUCAAAGAGGAAGAUCUCAUCUCACUUUCGGUGUCCCACAUGUCAGAAAGUGUAUUUAGGACAUUCACGUAUGGCUCGGCAUUUCGAUAUGUUUCCAGAUCAUGGAAGCAUUGAUCAGAUGAAGACCAAUACAUCUGCAGCACCAUCAUCUCCAGUUCCUUUACCUGAUUCAACUCAAGGUCGACAAGUGGGAAUUGGAUCCACAUUAAAUGGAAUUGUUCGACCAAGUGGUGGCAGAAGAAGAGGGAAACGAAGAGGUCCAUGGGCUUAUACAACUCCAGAAGCAAGAUCUGAACGUAGGAAGGUCAAACUUCGUGAGGCAUUGGCCACUUGCGAAGCUGCGGAACUAUCUGAAGUGGCCGGGCCAGCUGUCGCCGGAGUUAUGUCAUUGUGGGAACUGUUGCUGCUUCGCGUGGAGUCUGUGCGCACAGAGGAGAGCCUCAUGGCCACACUGUGCGAGGAGUUACGGGCUCUGCUUGAAAAGGUGCAGUCUGUGGCUGGGGAGGUGUUGCAACCUGCGCAGUCUGAAGAAAUUUCCACCAAGGAGGAGCAAUUAGAGUUGCAGGAUGAAAUCCUUUGCAAUGCCUUGGGAUUACCAUGUGGCAAGUACCAAAUAGUAGAUGACCAUCUCCUUACUAGAAGAGCCCAGUCAGGAUUUGAUAUGAAGGUUGAACCGCCUUUAAAACGGCUGAAAUGUGAUGAGAGUGACGUAAAAGAUGAACCUAAGCUGGAGGAGAUAAAACCAUCUUGCCCGGAGGUUCUGUCUGCUCUUGCCUUGGAAUCUAGGCCCACUACAGUGUCAAGUUUAAUUUCGAAUCCAGUUCCUCCUUCAGUGUCUUCUACUAUAGCUUCCACCGAAGCAUCUAAUUCCCAUCCUUCAUCCCCAGCCAGAUCCUCUGUGGACAGUGAACCUACAAAAACAUCGCAGGACAAUACACCCCAGAGUCAAGAUGAAAAUAUGAAAGAAGUGGACUCUGUAGAAACAAAACCAGUUAGUGACCAGGAAGAUGAACAUCCGUUCUUGCUUCCUACAACUAGUGAUAUGUGUGUGGAUGAACUAACUCAUGAGGCUGUUGGAGGGGAGGGAGAAUCACAUGGAACAGAGACAGUUGAUGAUAUUGUCAACGAAAGACUCAAGAACCUCACUGGCUUCACCGUGAGUGGGCCAGAAGGUGAAACUGUUCAAUCUGUUCCCCAGGAAGUUGUGCAGUUCCAGGACCCACACACUUCUAAUGACACAGAAGUGCCAACCUUCGACCCUGAAAUGGCAUUGGCAGCCAUGGGUGAAGGGGAGCAACCUGAUUCAGGGACGGCGCUGUCAGAAUUCACCCCAGAAAUUGCACUGGCAGCAAUGGGAGAAGGUGACGCAGAGCCCCCAGACACUGGGACUAGACACAGCCCUUUUGCUUCCUCUGUUCAGGAUGUUUUUGAUCCCAUUAAGUCAAUGCAGGACACUGUGUCGUUGCCCAACAACUCUGUCCCUCGAAAUGAAGAAUCUGACCAACCCAAAAUGAACAGUCCUGCCAGUGCCAGGGAAGUGUUUUCAGACUUGGGGUUAAGUAAUAUGGACACUCCCCAGUCAACAAAUUCUGCUGAAUCCAAAGAAGAAAUUGUAGCAUUUACCACAUCUAUACUGACAAACAAUUCUGAAAACACUUUCAUCACAUCACUGGCAGAGAGUAGUAGUAUAAGUAAGUGCGAGGGGCCCAGUGAUUCAUCGGUAACUAACUUCGACCCAGAAAUCGCGCUUGCUGCAAUGGGAGAGGGUGAUCCGACAGGAGGCAACUCUGAGAGUACCUUUGAUCCAGAAAUGGCCCUUGCGUCAAUGGGAGAAGGGGUGCCAAGUGUCCCGAGUGGUCAAGAGUUCCCACAGGCAAGUGAUGCGUCUGGAAACGAACCCGCGUUCCAGUUGACUGCGAUGGAUGUCAGUUUAGACGAAUCUGGCCCAGAGUUGGACUUUGAUGCACUUAGUGCUGAAUUUACUCGAUCGACUCGGCACAGCUAGCAAACAAGUUAGUGCUAGGUUUUCGGCAGUCACUGCUGUGUAUAAUUCUGUGAAAGAACAGUCAAUAUUAUUUCCUUUAGGUUUUUCAUGUGAUGUUAAAGUUUGUAUUAUAAAAUAACUAUAUAUAAAUAUAUAUAUACAUAUGCAAGUUAUAGAGAUAGGGAUGUGUGAAUGUUACAUUCAAAGACUGAUGUAGCCAGAACAUAACUGAAAAAAUUGUUUAUGACUUAAUUUUUGUAGAUCACUGUACCAUAGUUGAAUGGAAUUUUGAAAAACAAAGUAUGCAAACAUUCCUCAGAAGUUGAAGAGACACUUUGUUUUAAUUAAAAAAUAAUGGUACAAUAAGACAAAAAUUAUAGCUUAUCGGACAAUAAUGAAUUUUGAUUUGUUUUGAUUUUAUGUCUUCUGGCAACAUCAGUAUCAAUGCAUUGUACUGAUUUGAAUGAAUGUGAGGGUAGGAAGAUGUGGGUACUGCAUUCUCUCUCUCUCUCUCUCUCUCCCUCCAUGUUCCUGAAUCUAAGGAGUGUGGAAUCAGGAGACAUUAACUACCUGAUUAGAUCCACACAAGUGAGACUUGUAUUUCUGUGUGUUGUUCACUGCUCUAUGAUAUUUACAGUUCUUUGAGAAAGAUAAAUUUAAUGUCUAAUUUGUGUGAGCCACAAUAUUGUCAAAUUUGUGUUGUUGAAUGCGAGAGAGUCUUAUUUCAUCCUUGUAACUUCUAAAUGUGCUACAGAGAAUACACCAAGAUCUGUCUUACUGGUCAGAACGCUAUAAGUUUAUUGUCAUAGGUUGUUGGAUUUUAAACAACCUGCCUUGUGUGUUGUGAACUUUUUCUCUUUCUUCUUUUUUGUUGUUGAAAAUAUGCUGUAAGAUGUUUUCCUGUUUGCAUCUUUUUAGUAGUUUCAUGAACGAAGAGAAGCAAUAUGGAAUUUAAGAAACGUAUAUGUAUAAAUUUAUUCAUCUAAAUAUUGAGACUAGUUCCAAUCAUUGUAACCAUGUUUCUAAAAAGAAACCAGAAUUUAAAAAAAAAAAAAAAAAAUUAAAUUCUGAACAAAGCUGUGAUAUGCAUUCCUACAAACUUAUGAAAAAGAUCCUAAUGCUUGCCUCAACUGCAGUCAGCAUUGUACAUAUUUGUUGCCUGACAAGUUUAUCCAGAUUGAACUCUGUAUCAGGCAAAUCAUUACAAUAACAUAUUUUAUGAUUUACAAAAAAUAAAUCUAGUAUCUGCAAACUAUAUAGGAAGUCAAAUUUUCUGUAAAUUUACAGAUUUUGUUCCCAAAAAUUCCAUGAUGUUCUCAUGAUAAACUUUUAUUGCUGGACAUGUCAUAGCAUGAUUAACUAGCAAUAUGGUAUAUAAAAUUGUAAAAAAGAAUCCUCCGAUAUAUGCAAGAAAUAAAGGAAGACUUAUUUUCUGUAGAAGUGCAGAUUAUGUUGCAAAAAAUAGAUUCAUGAUAAUGUUCACAUUUUUUUAUUGUUAGACAUGCCAAAGCAUGUCUACUUAGCAAUAAAUGGUCCAUCAAGUGAUGUCUAGUCAGUUUUUGAUGCUUAACUCAAACAGACCAGUCUUUCGUGAAUUAACAGAAUACUCUUUCUCCAGCGAGAGUAUCAAACUCUACUCUAAUUUGAAGGAUAUAGAUUUGUUACAGAACUGUUUUAGCUCAUAGAACUGGAUUGGACAUUUUAUUUUUAUUUCUUUAAUUUCUUUGCCAUUUCUUUCUACACGUGGCGUUUCUGAACAAUUGUAAGACAGACUUUUUUGAACAUGUUUCUGAGAAUCUAAUGUAAAGAUUUGGUAAUACUAUUGCAGAAGGUUUAUUAUAUAUUUUUUUUGCAGUCUUUUCAUAUAAAAUGAUACAAAAACAGCUUGUAUAUAGCUUAUAUGUAUUUAUUACAGUGUAUAUACACAAUGAGUUACCGCAUUCCUGCAUUGAAACAAUUCAAUAAACUUUUGAUUUCAAUGUUUGUCUCAUUCCUGCAAACAGUAAUUACUAAUUACAUUGCGGUGAUAUCUGUUGAAGUUGUGUGUUCUAAUAAUGUCAAUUCCACAAAACUUAAGUGUCCUGCAAAUCUUUCCUUGGUCUCAUUUCAGACCUUGAAAUUCACACCUCUUCCCACAGCUCACUGAUACAUUCAAAGGCUGAUGUGAAUUUCUUGAACAGAAUAACGACGGAAAAUAAAAUAUUCAGCAAAAUCAUGUCACAAAAGUGGCUACAAUUUUGUAGUGGAUAAGAUGUUAAAUGAAUGGAUUAACCAGUAUAAGCCAGCUUGAACUUUCAAUGACCUUUUCCUCCCUCUUGAAGGCGAAAAUGAUUUGAAAUCAUUUUGUAAGUGAAGUCCACAAUCUCUAAAUUCCCAAUGUUUUUAAAUAACGAAAAUGUACAAAUUGAAUUCAUAAUUUUUAUUUCCUGACAUUUUCAAAUUUACAAUGGUUUGAUUAUUGUGAAAAUACCUUAUUGCACAAUUAGCUUUAACUGGCAUUGAUAACACAAUUUAUUGGCUGAAAAAACACAUACAUGGAAGCAUGGAACUCUUUAUCUCUGGGGUUAGAUUUGACUAUGCGCUUUAACAAAUAGUUCACUUGAAUUUCAUGCACGGAUGCUAUUUGGUAUUAUAAAUUAAGAAAAUGAUGCCAUUUAUUUGCUUCAUUUACUAUAUCGUUCUAAAAUAUAAAGAUCAUAUAUUCAGAAAAAACAUUUAGCAUAUUCUUAUAACUGCAUAGGUGUCUACCAUAUGAUAAUGUCCGAUACGGAGCUACUAACUCGUUAUAGACAAAUACACAAAAAUAGAAAUGAGACAGACUUUUAGAAUUUUUCUCAUAAUUUAGACUUGUAACCUGGAAUCUAUUUGGGAGCAUUUCUGAGCCCAACCGUACAAAAAUAAAAUUAUUUCAAAUCAAGAAAACUUAAAAGUUUUCAACACACACAAAACUGCACAUAAAUAGCGCAUCUAAAAGGAUAUGUUCAAGUGAAUACUUUUCAGAGCGUUUAAAACAUUAUUUGCACCUGGGGUCAGAAAAGACCCCAGAGCCUAAGGGUUAUAUUAUAUUUGGAUGAUAUUACAUGGUGGCCACAUUCUGCAGAAAGAAUAUCAAUUUUGGAGGAGAAUAAACAAGGGAAUGUUUAGAAUUUUGGAAGAUCCGUUAGAAGUUGGGGAAAUGUUUUAAGUUAUUCUUCAAACAACAUUAAUUCGUAGUUAUUUUUGACACACUUUUUUUGUAAGACAAAUGUUAAUGCUGUCAUUUUCACUGAUAAAUAGGGGAACAGACAUAUAGAUAACUUAUCCUUAAAGAGGCACUCAUACUCUCUCAAUGCAUUAGUGCAAAAGAAUUAAGAUAUUACUCCGAAAAGGGCUUGGCCAAUAACACCAUUUUAAUAUCUACCUGUCUUACUUUUAUAUACACAAAAGAUGUCUGGCAAUUAGGGAAAAAUUAGUGAAAUUUGUCUCACGGGAAAAUGGUGGCCACCCUCAUUCAAUAAACAUCA